AUGGAUGAAACAGUUGAAGAAUUAAAGAAGAGAGUUUUCAACUUACAACAACUAUUAUCCAAUGUCAAAAAUGACGAGUCACUAACGUCACAGGUCAAAAAUACAAGUUUGAGAUUGAAGAUAUUUCUCGAUCAAAACCCAAAUCUAGCGAUUUUAGUUGAAGCAGCCAUUAAAUUUAAUAUUAGUCAAGAUGAAAAGGUGCUAGAAUCUUCAAGCCUAAAUGACAGAAAUGUACCCAGUGAUAUCAAGGAGGAGCGAAUUUCCAUAAAUUACCCCAUGAUCACCAAGCUAUUCCCACAAAUACUAGAGUUGGAGCAAAUGCAACCAAUGAAGAUAAUGAAUAAAAUAAAUUCAAAUAUAUCGAAUUCAAACAUAGAACAGACAAAAUAUAUCUUUGAACAGCGUAAAGAAAGGAUUAUGCAGUUGAAUGAAGCUUUUAAUCAGUUGGUUUUAAAAAACAUUUUAAUCUUUGAGAAAUAUGUACAAUUUGUUUUACGAGAUAACCAGUUUUGGAUCGAGACGGAGGAAAAGUUAAAAUGUGCUAGUCAAAAAAUCCAGCAAUUAGAGAGUCGAAAGAAGCAAUUGAAUCAUUAUUAA